AUGUCCCGCUCACACGAGGAAUUUCCCCUGCUCAACGGAAUCGGCUUGUACCCUGCCCCCAUCCUCGGUGACGGCAACUGCCUCUUCAACGCCCUCUCCGACCAGCUCUACGGCCACCAAAAUGAGCACGCCGCCAUACGCUCGCGUGUCAUCGACUACAUGCGUGAGCACGAACACUACUACAAGCAGUUCAUCGACGUGCACCCCGGAGGCGGUAUCAGACGAAACCCGAAACGCAAGAAUGCGGGAGCCUACUCGUCACCGGCGAACUUUUCCCUGCCAUCUUCCGCCGACAUCGACCGCGUUUUCGAGAGCCACUUGGAUAUUAUGGCGAGAGGAGGCACUUACGGCGACAACAUGGAAAUUACCGCUUUCUCAUCGGCCUUUGGGUACGACGUGAAGAUAUAUCAACGAGAUUUUGCGUACAUGGUGUCUGGAAGCGGAGAUGAAGACGCAAGCCGACCAGUAGCACACAUUGCAUACCACAACUGGGAGCAUUAUUCUUCGAUACGAAACCUCGACGGCCCACACACGGGCAUGCCGAACGUGUCACCCAAGGCACUGUCGCCGGAGGAAGAGCAGAGGCAGAAGGAAAAGCUUGCACAAACACCUCACGUGCUGCCAUGGAUGAUUGAGGUGGUGGAGAAGUCAUUGCCAUUCUUGACCGACAAGGUCACCAUGAAGCGAUACCUCGAAGCAGCCAAGGGCGAUGUCAACCUUGCCGUGUCAAACAUGCUGGAGGCUGAAGAGAACGGCAGUGCUUCGUCACGUCACGAAAGCUCUAGUAUUGAGCGUGACCAUGACAGCGACGACGACAUGCAUGAUGGUCCGAAUAAGAAGCAAGACAGACGCAUGAGCAGAGCAUCGAGAGCACAGAAAGAGCGAAGCUCAGAGAGCAAACACAGCCUUUCGCAGCUGACCGUCUAUGAUGGCAGCCAAGAGUCGUUCACCAGCUGGGAAUCGGAGACAUCCAGCCAGCCUGACGCGUCGCAACAGAGCAAUACCACUCAAAGCACCUCUUUCGAAGGCGAAUCAUCCGUGAAGAAGGAAUCAAACGAUUUCGCCAGCAACUCACAACUGGACGGCCCUCCCAAGCCUCGCCCACGUUUGACACUGCAUGGUCCCCGGCCACCCGGCGGCAAGACCCAACAGCGGCAAUCUGGCCCUCGAAUAACUGCCAGAGACAAGAUCCAGCUGAAGAAGCAGGCUCAGAAAGCAGCACGCAAGGAGCGCUCGAAGGCGGAUACCAAGGGCGAACGUGCUGAAAGCCCAUCCAAGGUCGGCCUCACUCUCAGAGCUAAAGGCAUGACUGAAACGCCACCGGUCGAAACGCUGCGGACGCUCUACAUAUGA